AUGACAAGAAUUUCUUCUUCUCCAUGUUCUUUGAAAAAAUUGCCAGAUGAUGAAUGCUGGCUCAUUCUCAAAGAAAAUGCAUUUGGUGCUGGGAAAGUGCCGGAUGGAAUGCAAGACAUAGGAUGCGAGAUUGCAAAAAAAUACCAAGGUGUACCAUUAGCUGCAAGUGUACCCGGCAGCAUAUUGCGCAACAAGGGAAGUGAUGAAAGGCUUUCAAUUUUGGAGACUGGCCUUCAAAAUUUAGGUGGAGAUGAAAAGUUGAGUGUUCAUCAUCUUCCAUCUCCAUCGCUGAAAAACUGCUUUGCGUAUUGUUCAAUUUUUCCCAAAGACAUUGAAAUAAAUAGGAGUCAGCUACUUCUAACUUUGGGCAGCAGAAAGAUUUCUUCAUUCAAAUCCAAGAAACAAUAUGGAGAUGGAGGAAUAUCCAUCUUCAAUUAUAAACCCUUAAGGUUGAAAGGAACUAGAACGUAUUACGACGAGACCCUUUCUACUCGGUAUCUUGCAACGGAGAAAAGUGACGAAGAAAUACCAUUUCCUUUGCAUGAGAGUUUCAGAUCUGAUGAAGUCUCUACGCAUAAGCUAUUCUCCCAAGCUUCGGGCUAUUACGAGGUUGAUGUAAAAGCUAGAUUACAUGGUACUGAAUUUUUGAGGGGAAGGAUCUACCCCAUUGGCAAUACAGUUCAUGUGGAUGGCAAUCUCCUAGUGAAAAGGACUGUCCAUGCAAAUUUCUUGGAGUUUUUUGUCGAACUCUGCAAAAAUCCUUAA